AUUAUUUCCUAUUUAUAACUGCAAAUAUUAGUAAACAUGAGCACAGAAAUGGAAUCGUUGAUAGCGAAGUACAAAGAAGAGCACAAGCGUUUAGUAGACAGAGAGAGAGAAUAUGAUGAGGAACGCGCUUUAGUAAAAAAGACAGACGAAGACUACGCUAGUAUCAAACGGAAGCUGACGGCAUUCCAAAGUGUUGGGCAUUCGAUAGGAGAUGUAGUUUGUGUACUAAAUGAUGAAGAAGUACUUGUCAAGCUCUCUCUUGGAAGUCGUUAUGUAGUGAAUGUAAAGAAGUCUGUUGAUAUGAGCUCCCUCCAACAAGGAACGCGUGUGGCAUUGGAUACUACUACAAAAAUGAUUAUGCAGUCUCUUCCCCCCAAGGUGGAUCCUUCUGUUUCUGCCAUGAUGGAAGAAUCUACCGAACAAAUCAAGUGGUCUGAUAUAGGCGGUCUAAAUGAUCAAAUCCGUGAGAUUCGUGAAGUCAUCGAGCUUCCUUUGGUUCGUCCGGAAUUCUUCGUUCGAACGGGUAUCAAGGCUCCCAAGGGCGUUCUUCUCUACGGUCCUCCUGGAACCGGGAAAACGUUGAUUGCGAAGGCAUUAGCAUCGUCUAUUAAAGCCACCUUUAUCAAAACAGUGGCUUCGUCGCUGAUCGAAAAGUAUGUCGGAGAAUCUAGCAGAGUCGUUCGAGAGCUCUUCAAUUACGCGCGACAACACACGCCAGCCGUUGUGUUUAUCGACGAAAUCGACGCAAUUGGAAGCAAGCGCCGCGAAAACGGUUCUGGCGCCGAUCGCGAGAUCCAGCGAGCCAUGAUGGAGCUGCUGAACCAGCUGGACGGAUUUAACGAGCUAACGCAAGUGAAGGUGGUGAUGGCGACGAAUCGUCCGGACACCUUGGAUCCGGCGUUGCUGCGUCCUGGUCGAUUGGACCGCAAGGUGGAGAUCCCGCUGCCGAACUCGAUCGCGCGGAAAGACAUCCUGCGGAUCCACAGCCAGAACAUGAAGAAGAACGGAGAGAUCGACUUCGACACGCUGAGCAAGAUCACGGACGGGUUUAAUGGCGCGGAUCUGCGGAACGUGUGCACGGAGGCGGCGAUGUUUGCGAUCCGCGAGGAACGGAACUAUGUGAUGAACGAGGACUUCACGAAGGCGGCGCGGAAGCAGACGGAGGCGAAGAAACUGGAGAGCAAGCUGGAGUAUGAGAAGGUGUGGGGUGUUUGA